CAUCAUAGCCUCAAAACGACCAUUGGUUGAAGAUUCGCUCUCAAAACACACUGUAAUCAACCGAGACUUUGCAGUUUGCAGAGAGAGAAGGCCGUGUGGUGUGUGGAUUUUUUUUCUUUCUUUCAGCUUAAAAUUUUCCGAGAAAACAUCCUCUGCUCCUCACCUCACACAUCACCCUCUCUUUCUCUCUCUCUUUCAAUUUCCUUUCUCUGCAACGGCGUCGUUUCCCUGCAAAUGUUACGAUUCGCAGACUGGGCCAUAACCUCUUCAUCUUGCGUUUUCGCUCAGAUGGUGCUUUGAUUUGUUCGCUUUUCCAUGCAUUGCUUGGUUUAAAUGUAAAGAAUAGGGUUUUGAGGAUCAGAGUUGGGAAGUGAAAAGUGGAGCCAGAGUACUUUUGGUUACUUGGAGCCACAAAAGGCAAAAUGAAUAAGGGCGUUUGGAUGUCAAAAGGGUCUGGACAUGUUACUGAUGGAGAUGCAACUUUCAGUAAUCCUUCAAUAACUGGUGCAAAGCGAUCCCAUCAAUGGUUUGUAGAUGCUGCUGAAUCAGAGUUGUUUCCCGACAAGAAGCAAGCAAUACAGACUGCAAACGGCAAAUUGAGCUCUGGAUUACCUUAUGCAUGUAAUCCAUGGGAGAACAGUUCCAGCUUUCAGUCAGCCCCAAAUCAAUUUAUUGACAGAUUAUUUGGAUCUGAAACAGCAAGGCCCAUCAACUUUGCUGAAAGGAGCAUAUCUUCUGUUGGAAUGGAUGAUUUAAAUUUAAGAAGAAAAGAUAAUGAUAACCAAUUUGACUAUAAUAGGGAAAAUACUGUAGAUCUGCACACUGGUCAGGCACCUGACAGAGGAAAUGGAGCUGCUUUCAUGUUGGCAGGGCAAACUGAUGAUAAAGAGCAUGCCAAUGUAGCAUUAACAGGACAGACCUACAACAGGGUUGAUGCCCAUAUUAGAUCAGCAGGUCCAAACAAUGGCAGGAGGGAUGAAAAUGCAAUAUCAAUUGGAGAUACUUAUAGUAAAGGUGAUACCGAUAUCAUAUCUUUUGGGGGAUUUUCUGAUGAGCAAGAUAUUAUCUCUGUUGGUAGGCCAGUUGAUAGCUAUGAUAAAUUAUACCAUCAAUCCUCUCAGACAUCAGAAACAGCCUAUGAAAAAGAAUUGGAUGCACCAAAGGUCAAUGCAGUUGUUACAAAUCAUGGAGUUAAAAGAAGACCUGAUAAACCAGAGUAUAAAACAUCAAAGAAAGAGGCUCCAAACAGCUUUCCUUCAAAUGUCAGAAGCUUGAUAUCAACUGGUAUGCUUGAUGGUGUUCCUGUAAAGUACGUUUCAUUGACACGGGAGGAGCUUCGUGGAAUAAUAAAAGGUUCUGGCUAUCUCUGUGGUUGUCAAUCAUGUAAUUAUUCGAAGGUACUAAAUGCUUAUGAGUUUGAGCGACAUGCUGGUUGCAAAACAAAGCAUCCAAACAAUCAUAUCUACUUUGAGAACGGGAAGACAAUUUAUCAGAUAGUACAAGAAUUAAGAAGCACCCCAGAAAGCUUGUUGUUUGAUACGAUUCAAACUGUCUUUGGCGCACCCAUUAAUCAGAAAUCCUUCCGGAUUUGGAAAGAAUCAUUUCAGGCAGCAACUCGAGAACUUCACCGUAUCUACGGAAAGGAAGAGCUGAACCUGUAGGGAUCUUCGUAGUGAAGCUUUAGAAAUGUAAAAUUGUACUGAAUUUGUAGGAGCAUUUGCAGUGAGGCUUUUAGAAAUGGAAGAUUGUGUAUAGUCUUCUUCUUCCUUUUUCUUUUCUUCUUUUUGUUUUUUUUUCCCCCAGUGUACUUAAUAAGUGCCAAACAAAGAAUUAUGAAUUCUAUGGCUAUGAAUGGAGAGUUUGGGGUGCUUUCUGUUA